AAGUUUGGAUUGAAUUCAGGGUGCAGAGGGCGUGUUGUUCUUUCCCCAGGGGAAGUCCAUGUUUGCAUCUCCUCUUUUUCAACUUCAGGAUUCAAACCUGACAGUAAAAGAAGUUAACUGAAAUUUGACUUAGAAAAUAUGAAACUGACAGCUUUCCUUCUGUCCCUCCAACUGUGGGCAACUGUGGAUGUUUCUCUGUCACUGGAUGUGUGUUCAAAGGUCCCAGACAUUCCUCACGGCCAUGUAUCAGAGGGAACCAAAAAGUCUGAGUAUCAAGAAGGAGACGUGAUCCACUUCUCGUGUGACGCAGGCUACAUAGCAGAUCUAACCUCUAAAUAUGUAUGCACCAGUGAAGGCUGGCUGGUGAUUCGUCGGGGAACGUGCUACUCGUGCGCUACACUGCCAGAAGUUCCUCACGCUCACGUGGCAGAGGAGACCAGAAGAGAUGAGUAUCGUGAAGGAGACAUGGUUCACUUCACCUGUGAUCUGGGCCACUGGCCAGAGCUCAUCAUAAAAUAUGUGUGCACAAGCGAGGGCUGGCUGGCACUGGGCUAA